AUAGGGUGGCCGAGGCUCGCGUGCCACGGAGCAACAGUGUGCCUUGCGCUGCCGCCGGGAGUAGACGCUUUGCCAGUGCCAGCUGCGGCAACCAUUCUCGCCUCGGCCCGCUCCUUCCUUAUGGUUCUGGGCUCGUCCAUGGGGGUCUGCGCCGUCUGUGAUCCGAGUGCAAUGCCCGCCGGCCUCUAUGCCACGUUGUUCGCGCAAGUUUCGUAGAGAAAUCCAAUUCGAGAGGAAGGCUCUUCAAAAAUAUCUGUACGGUUGUUAGAGGUAGAAGAUUUCGUUCAACCAAGAAAUUUCCUCUGGCAGUUAUGCAUAAUCAAAAGCUUCACAGAUGAACGAAUAAAGCAAUGUGAUUACAAAAACGAGGUCUAGACAGUUUACAGCAAAUAGAAAAUAUCCUUAAAAAGACUGUCCAAAGGGUUUAGUUGCCUGUCUAUACCUUCCAAACGCUGAUGGUGGAGCAAGGUGUGGCGUCACCAGCCAGUGGGAAAACCACUACCUUUGGCUCUCACACAAUGACCCUGUAGAAGACAAGACUCCGCUUCCCAAAGGACAUUUGCAGAACCUGGUUGUCUUUGGGCCAAGGCCCACGCUUGCGAUGGCGCUGCUCCACCGGUUUGUGAAGCUCAACGACCGGGGCAACACCCACGUCUUCAGCUUCGUGGUGACCCGCAGCGUGACCCGGGACCUGCACCGCGACGUGACCAGCAAGGAGCUCACGUAUGGCUACCAGCGGUGGGCCAUCACGUUCUCGCGCUCGGAGAAGGUGCUGGGCGUGUACCUGGUGUGGCGCAACCCGUGCGAGGGGAUGCGCGUGUACAUCGACUUCACCUUCACCUUACUCAACCGGGAGCACUUCAGCACUAACGAGGCGUUCACGGGCAAGCAGGUCAAGUUUACCUUCGACUCGCCGGCGCAGGGCAACAGGCGGCUCAUCAACAUGGAGGACCUGUACUCGCGCAACUUCACGGACGAGAACGGCGAGUUCCAGCUGGAGUUGACGGUGGCCAACAUCCGCACGGUGUUCGAGGCGGAGCUGCGCGUGCCGCCGCCCAUCAACGGCGGCGUCGCCAACCGGAAGGAGAACCGCUUCGAGUCGCCCUACUUCCACUUCGGCCACUACGACUGGCACGUCUCCGUCACCAGCUCGUCGGGGCUAGACGGGCGGCCGUCCGUGCAGCUGCGGCGCCUCACCGGCUUCGACCACCAGUGCCGCGUGCGGUACCUGAUGGUGGUGGGCGAGGGCGAGCGGCGAGCCGACUCGGGCAUCCUGGACCAGUUGUCGGACCACGAGGGCCGCACGCCGGGCUGGUCGCCAGCACGCACACGCCUGCACGACCUGGUGCACAAGGGCGUGCUCAGGCUGUACCUGGAGAUGAUCCUGGCCAACACGACGAGUGAGGUGCGGCUGCAGCCCCUCGCGGCCAACACGACGCCUGUGCAGUGCUACGAUCGCGACAAGCAGGCUUGGGCGCUCGAGCCGGACCUACACUCCGACAUGUUCCGCCUCAGGCUCGUCUACAACGACGUCCACAACGUACCCAGGAACCAUCUCAGAUACGUGUGCUGGAACGCCUACCUGCUUCGCCGAGCUUCCCGUGGUUACCUGGAGUCUGUCUGCCUUACCAAUGGACCCUUCAGCAACUACUACGCCCAGGAGAGCACUGACGAUGGAAUUAUGAUGGAAUCCGACGUUACUGUCAAAGAGAUCAAGGAAGGUCCCAGUUCCUACUUGGACGAGCGGAAGGAGCUGACGGUGCAGAUCGAGUGGGUCGAGUCCUUGUUGCUCUUCCAGGCCACCUAUCACAAGUACGACGAUGUGACUCGCAUGCACAACUACCAGAUGAGGCGGGAGAUCAGCGCACUCGAGGCAGAGAACUUCAGUUUAGAGCGACAGUUAUUCAGCUACCAGAAAUCGAUUGCUUACGCUCACUCGCGGGGCGCGGUUGUGGACGAUCCUUCAGAACCCAACGACUAUCCCCACGAGAACUACUCCAACGGCAAGAGAGACUACGAUACCAGAGAUUACUCCACGCGGGACUACGACUACGCAUACAAUGAUCUACCAGAAAGGUCGUUUUCUACAGAUACUGAGUAUGCGUGAAAACGCCUUAAUCACCUGAACUAUCUGGUGAAAAGAGUCAGUGAUGCUUUACGAGAUAUUCGCAAUGUAUGGGAAGAAACCAAAAUUAAAUUCUCUCUCUAUAACAAAAUAAAGAAUUGAGAGAAACGUAGUCGAUAAAUCUCAA